AUGACAACAAUUCAUUUACUACAAAUGGAAACAAAUUCAUCAGCUCGAUCAAAAAAAUUACCACCACCACCAUUAAGCUUACCAGCAACAAAUACAACAGAUGAAGAAAAAUUUUUAAAUUCGAAUCAAAAACGUGAACAAAAAAAAUCUACAAAUAAUUGUUGUUUAUCAUCAUCAUCAGAGGAUUGUCCACAUAAAUCUAUACCAUUUACUCUUCCUGCUAGUCAACGUCCACAAAUUCUUGAAACAUUAAUGGCUUGUUCAUCUACAUUAUUAGUACCACCACCGUCAGAAACAAAACAUAAAAAAUCUUAUAAUGCUGCUUAUACGAAUCAGAUAAAUUUACUUAAGCAACGUCAAUCAUCAUCGAAAAUGACAGUUACGGAUGCUGAAUGGAUCGAUUUUAUACGGUUAAUUAUACAUAAACCAUUAGAACGUGAACUUAAAGUGUUACUUGAUAAUUAUAAAAUGACUUAUUUUGAUCGAGUUAAUGCACCGAAUACCACUGAUGAAACUAUUCGUGCAAGCUUAUGUGCUAUGGUUUCUGAGGCUUUGAUUACAUACUCAGCCAAUUCAAUAUUACCAGCACAAACAACAGAUGACUUAACAACAAAUGUUUCUUCUCAUAUUCUACCGACAACUAUUACAAAUAAUGGCACUGCAAAACGGAAACGAAAAAAUACUAGCAAUAGUCUAUCUAUAUCUACACCAGCUCCAAUAAAUAGUCAAACAAAAUUUGUUAUUAGUCACAUUAUACCUGGUCAAUAUGAUAGUCACAGCAAUGGUAAUAAAAUGACAAAUCAACAACAAUUAAAACAAUUUCAAAAGAAAUAUAGUCAUCUGUUCAAAUACAUACCUGAAAGAGAUGAGCAAGAAUAUCUCACACAUGAAGGUCAUUUAAAAAAUAUUUCAAUUUCAUCAUCUCGUUUAUCUAGCAAUAAUAAUAUUUGUUUAAUGUUAUACGAUGAAGUUAUUAGUUAUAUGGACGAAUAUGACCUUGAAUUAAGUGGAAUAUCUAUUGAUGAUUCAUUCUUAUUACCAGAAUCGAUUCUUGCAAAUAUACGUUCAUCCAGUUAA